GAGAGAGAAAAAAACAGAGAGCUCUUGAUGAGAAUUCUCUGAUCAAGAAAAUCAAGAAAAAAUCAUCACAAAAUAUGUGUAAUCCAAAUCCAAAAAGCCACACAACAAAUGAAAAACCAUCACAAAUACAAGAAACCCAUUUAUAUCUAGCAAUCUUAUCAACACUAGAAGAUACAACAAAAUUCUCCUCCUCAUCCCCACCAGAAAAAACCACUACCAGAAUCGAACAUCAUCAUCAUCAAAAUCAUGAUCAUGAUGAUAAUGAUAAUGAUGAUAUCCAAUUCUACACAUACCCAAAAAUCUCAGAAAUCAUACGAGAAACAAAAUCUCUUCUAAAUCUUUCAUUCCCAAUAAUCUUAACAGCACUGAUUCUAUACUCACGAUCAAUCUUAUCAAUGUUCUUCUUGGGUCGUUUAGGUGAUACUGAACUUGCAGCAGGAUCAUUAGCCAUAGCUUUUGCAAACAUCACUGGAUAUUCAGUAAUUGCCGGUCUGUCACUAGGAAUGGAACCAUUAUGUGCUCAAGCUUUCGGUGCUCAACGUCCAAAAUUCCUUUCUUUAACUCUUCAUCGAACUAUAAUUUUCCUUCUUCUUUCUUGUAUACCGAUAUCUCUUUUAUGGUUAAACAUUACGAAAAUCUUGCUCUUUUUACAUCAGGAUCCGAAUAUCACACGACUAGCACAUACGUAUUUGAUGUUUUCACUACCAGACCUGCUAACAAACUCAAUCAUACAUCCAAUCCGCAUUUACCUUCGUUCACAAAAUAUUACGCACCCAUUGACAUUAGCAUCGACUUUUGGUGCGGUUCUACACGUACCCAUCAAUCUUGUUCUGGUUACUCAUUUCCAAUUUGGUGUUUCCGGUGUCGCCGUCGCGUCCGUGGCGUCGAAUUUCUUCGUGUUGCUGUUUCUUGUUUCGUAUGUAUGGUUUUACGGUUUACAUGAACCAACAUGGUCAGCUCCGACACGGGAAUGCUUAACGGAUUGGAAACCAUUGAUACGGCUGGCCGUACCGAGCUGCGUGUCCGUUUGUUUGGAAUGGUGGUGGUACGAGAUUAUGAUUGUGUUGUGUGGUUUGUUGGUGAACCCUAAAGCGACAGUGGCAUCAAUGGGGAUUUUGAUACAAACAACUUCAUUGAUUUAUGUGUUUCCGUCUUCCCUCGGGUUUGCCGUGUCGACUCGUGUCGGGAACGAACUUGGUGCGAAUCGUCCGAAUAAAGCUAGAGUUUCAGCUGGAGUGGCAGUAGUUUUGGCAUUCCUGAUGGGUUUAUCAGCAAUGACAUUUGCAGUUAAGAUGAGAUACAAGUGGGCCCAGAUUUUCACCCUUGAUCAUGAAAUCCUGCGGCUGACAUCAGCUGCUUUACCAAUCUUGGGGUUAUGUGAACUUGGAAAUUGUCCACAAACAGUUGGUUGUGGGGUGGUGAGGGGCACUGCACGGCCGUCCACGGCGGCGAACGUUAACUUAAGUGCAUUUUAUCUUGUCGGAAUGCCUAUUGCCGUUGGGCUUGGGUUUGUUUUGGGUGUUGGUUUUUGCGGGCUUUGGUUGGGGCUAUUGUCUGCUCAAAUUUGUUGUGCCGGGCUUAUGUUGUAUGUUGUUGGUACUACUGAUUGGGAAGUACAAGCUAGCAGAUCUCAGAUACUGAUGCGUGCUGGUGGUUGUGGAGAAUCGGAUUUGGAAAAGUGCAAGGAUCAAUCUGAACCGUUGAUGGUUUCUAUCAAAGUUAUUUCAUGAAAAAUUAAAAGAAAAUUCUGUAGAGAGAGGGAUUACAUAAUCGAAGGUUUUGGAUUUUUUUUUUUUACUUUCCCCAAUAUUUUGUUGGGUUGUGUAUUAUUAAAUUUUUUUUGGGUUGGAAAAAGAUAAAAGU